AUGGCCAAUCGUGGUGAACGUGAUGCCGCACAAAAGUUUAUCAGUGGAUAUGUCGAGAUUCGUGCAACGAAUCAAUCGUUGAAUUCUCCAGAGAUUCAAAGCGUGGUAACCAGUCUCUUGCAGAAAAUCAAUCUUCAAACGGAAUUGAACAUGAUUAUGACGCAAAUUGUUGGAACUGCUGCUUCAGGAAACGUAAACCUAGAACGGUGUUAUGUGAUAAACAAAAUCAGCAGCAUUCGAGAGAUUCGUGAUGCAGUCAUCAAUUUUAUAAAACUUUGUAAAUUUCCAAAGAAUGAAAACUUCGAUCAACAAUUGCAAAGAGAAUCAUUCGGACAAAUCGAAACUUUGUAUCUUUCGAGAAAAUCUCUGGAGAAACCCUCUCAAAGUUCGAAUACGAUCGACAAAGAAACGUGUUCACUUCUAGUUCCACAGAUCUGUUCUGAUUGUAUUGAAAUUCCAACUCGAACGAAUCUCUCUCCCCAACCUUUUUCCAGAGAAUCUUCUCAAAUGACCAAUUCGAUUUUAACUGAUAAAGAAUAUUUUCAUCAUUUAUCUUCGUUAUUAAAUCGCUAUGCAGAUCAACCGUGUCCAUAUUAUUUUCGAAAUUUAAAUGAUUUUCAAAGAUCACAAAUCGGUGGAAAAAUUUGA